AUGAUGGAUAACACAGUCGCUGAGCUGAAUCAAGAUGUUGGAUACAGUAUACUAGCGUUUCUUGACGGCAUAGAUGCAGUCAAUUUUGUCGAAGCAGUAGAUAAUAGCCAACAGUUUUGGUCUAUUGCAAAAACACUAGACCAUCACUUCAUAAAACUAAUGGAAGCGUUAUGUGGUCGUGAAAGAGUUCUGUUACUGCCAAGCGCAAUACCUCCAUACUUCACAGAUGAAUAUGAAGUCGUUGAUGGACGACUCAUACAAGUUCCAAGUCACUAUUCUGCCGUCGAACAACCCCCUGAGCGUCUAUAUAUUCAUCCAUGCUUUACUAUUGAAGGGUUUGCAAAGUUAUGUGAAGUCUAUCAGACUCCUCUUUUCAAAUGCUAUUCUCGACUUCUACCGUUGAACAUCGUGUGGUAUAACGCUGAUUUUGGUCUUCUUAAUUACGAGUGGUACAGUCAUACAAUCGGAUCGAAACGUAUAUUAAAUGAUCAUGAAAACAAAUUGUUUAGAGUUAGUACUUACUUUAAUAGAAAUCGAAAGGAAUCUUGCUGUUCUAAUAUGAAGUUUGUUCACACAAUGGACGAGUUUAAACAGAAUUUGGUUGCUCGUUUUUCAUCGGAUGCAUGGUUACGAGCGAUUGAUUUUUCAAAAUGGGCAAUUGUUGGAGGAUCGGUUCUGAAUGCACUAUGUAAUAUACCAUUCUUCGAUAGUAAAGAGCAAGAUGUCAAUUUGGUUUACUAUGUGCAUGACAUAUUAGAUUUUAAAAAAUCUAUCGACGAUAUUGUCAAUAAUAUUAACAAAAUAGGUUCAAAAAGUUCAACAAAUAAAAUAAGAGUUGAAAAAAUUACCGGAACGCCAAACUAUAAUGUGUUUCUACCAUGCCAUGUUCAACUCAAUUUUAUUUGGACGCCUAUAAGAAAAUCGAAAAAGCCACUCUCACAUAUUCUUCAUAAUUUUGACAUGGACAUUUGUCAAGUAGCCUUCACGGGUGAUAGAAUUGUUUCAACAUUUCCGUUUUUACAAGCUCUUGCGACAAGAUCGUUCAUUGUUUAUACUCUCAAUGCACAGAGCCCUAAGCAUUUGUGUAUACGCAUAGCAAAAUAUUGUAACAGAGGAUUCACGCUUCUAGUGCCUACCAGCUUCGAUGGUGAUUUCGAUUCAUUGAUGGCACAAGAAGAAAUUCCAUUGUAUCGAGUUGAAUAUCAGCAUUACAUUGAUGAUGAUGGUGAAAUUCAAAUCAUUACAAAAGAAUUUCGCCGACCAUUUUUAGAUAAUGUUGACACUUUUGGACUUCAAGAAAAAUUCAUAUCAACGGUCUGCCCCCAAUUAUUACACUAUAACUGA